AAGCUAGUCAAAGUUGCAGGUUUUAGAACUCAGAAUUCUAGGGUUUUUGUAGAUCGAUCGAUCGGGAUCCUAAUAGAGUUGGAUUUUUGUCACCAUCGCCGGAAACUUUAAUCGGAGAAGAAGCAUUCAGAUGGCGCCUCCUCUCGGUCCUUAUUCAGGAACAAGCACCCUUGCUUUGGUUGCUCGCGCUUCCGCCUUCUCUUUCGGACUCGUUUAUGGAAGCAUCAAGCUCAAAUACUUGAAGGCUAAGGUGAAGUCGCAUAAGAAAGCCGAGGCCAAGGUGCACCACUGAAGAAGAAAUAGAUUAGCAGAAGUCUCAUGCUUUUUGUUUUUUCGGUUAUGAUAAUAAUGCAUCAUCAAAAGUAGAACUCUAAUUCCUUCAGUCCAGUGAUUUUGGAGAAGAGUGAAGAUGCCUUGUUUGAAACUUAGAUCAGAAUUUUGUUAACAAUGAAUCUCAGUUUU